AUGCCAAUGUUGCAAGAACAAAAAGUACCAGAAGACAGGUUUAUAUUGCACUGGCUAGAUGAUUCUCGUGCACAAAGGAUAUUAUGGCUUCUUGAAAUAUUAGAACUAGACUACGAAGUGAGAAUUUACUUGAGACAUCCACAAACAUGGCGUGGUCCUACCCAAUUAUUUGACGCGCAUCCCUUGGGUCGAGCUCCAAUCCUUGAGAUCAUUCAUGGGGAUGGAAGACCGCCAAUGAAACUUGCCGAGAGUGGUUUCAUCAUGCUGUAUAUAUUGAAAAACUAUGAUCCAAAUUACAUAUUGACACCAACAGACCCCAAUGAGCAAUUGGAAGUUGAGUACUGGCUCCAUUAUAGCGAAGGAUCGUUACAACAUUUACAAAUGGCAUUGCUUAUCAACUCUGUUGCCAAACACAUUGCACCUGUAGGAUUAAAAAGUGUCGCUAACUUGGUUGCUAAAGGAUUGAACAAUGGUUAUUAUGUUCACGAAUGGAGAUUACACAUGCAAUACUGCAAUGACAGGUUAGAGCAAAAUGGCACCGGUUUUUUUGUGGGAAACAAAUUGACUGCUGCAGAUAUUAUGUUGAGCUUCCCCAUUUAUGAAAAUAUUUUUGACAAUCUAGAAGGUGUUAAAGAUUGCACACGAGAUAAAAGAGAUUUAAGGAAAGUCUGGCCAUUCUUGGAUAAAUGGUGUAGAAUGAUUAAAAACAUUCCAUCUUACAAAAAAGUAAACCAGAUGAUGGACGAAGAAGUUGAGGAUUUGAUUGCGCUUAACCCAAGGUUUGAUUAUGCUAAAGGCGAGGCAAACAAACCAUAA